GCCGCGCUGGGAGCCGAUCGGCGCGUCCGGGGCGCAGGCUGGGGGCGGCGAGGAGCGCGCGCUGAGGGCGCCGGGCGGGCGCAGCAUGGGCGGCCCGCGGGCCUGGGCGCUGCUCUGCCUCGGGCUCCUGCUCCCCGGAGGCGGCGCCGCGUGGAGCGUCGGAGGCGCCCCGUUUUCUGGACGCAGGAACUGGUGCUCAUACGUGGUGACACGGACCAUCUCAUGCCAUGUUCAAAACGGCACCUACCUUCAGCGAGUGCUGCAGAACUGCCCCUGGCCCAUGAGCUGCCCGGGGAGCAGCUACAGGACAGUUGUGAGGCCCACUUACAAGGUGAUGUACAAGACAGUGACCGCCCGCGAGUGGAGGUGCUGCCCUGGGCAUUCGGGAGUAAGCUGCGAGGAAGUUGCAGGCACCUCUGGCUUCAGGGAGCCCGCGUGGCCGGGCAGCUCGGUGCGGCGGAUGGCUCUUCAGCCUACAGCCUUCUCAGGUUGUCUCAAUUGCAGCAAAGUAUCGGAGCUGACCGAGAGGCUGAAGGUGCUGGAGGCCAAGGUGGCUGUGCUGACUGUCACAGAGCGGGCAGUGCCCUUGACCCCAGCUACCCUUGAGGACCCUUCUCCACUCUGGGGCUCCCCAGCUGCCCAGGGAAGCCCUGGAGAUGGAGGCCUCCAGGGGCUACCAGGAGCCAGAGAGAGCCUGCGGGCCCCACUGCUCCCUCGAGAUGACCUUGGGGGCACUCGGGGGCUGCCUGGGCCUACCGGUCCCAAAGGAGAUGCUGGCAGCCAGGGCCCAGCAGGGAUGAGAGGCCCACCAGGUCCACAGGGUCCCCCAGGGAGCCCUGGCCAGGCUGGGGCUGUGGGAACCCCUGGAGAGAGGGGACCUCCAGGCCCACCAGGGCCUCCUGGUCCCCCGGGACCCCCAGCCCCUGUUGGACCAUCCCAUGCCCGGACCUCCCAACCUGGAGACCCAUUACAGUCCAACACCUUCACUGAGACCAGCAGCCACUGGCCCCAGGGACCCACUGGGCCCCCAGGCCCCCCUGGUCUUCCAGGGCCCAUGGGUCCCCCUGGACCUCCCGGUCCCACAGGUAUCCCCGGGAGUCCUGGACACAUGGGACCUCCAGGCCCCACUGGACCCAAAGGAAUCCCUGGCAAUCCAGGAGAGAAGGGCGAGAGAGGACUACGUGGGGAACCUGGCCCCCAAGGCUUCAUGGGGCAGCAGGGAGAACCUGGCCCCAAAGGAGAUCCUGGUGAGAAGAGCCACUGGGCUCCUAGCUUACAGAGCUUCCUGCAGCAGCAGGCUCAGCUGCAGCUCCUGGCCAGACGGGUCACCCUGCUGGAAGCCAUCAUCUGGCCAGAACCAGAACUGGGGUCCGGGGCAGGUGCCGGCACAGGCAUCCCCAGCCUCCUCCGGGGCAAGAGGGGAGGACACACAGCCAACUACCGGAUCGUGGCCUCUAGGAGCCGAGACAAGAGAGGCUGAGGGCGGUGGUGGCCCCUCUGGGUGGACUGCACCAGGUUCCCUUCCUAGGCUGGACGAAGCCAGCUCCUCCAGAGACUGCCAGUUCCUAUUUAUUAAUGUCCUCAGGGUCUCUUCUGCCAUCUAGGCCUUAGAGGUGGGCAGAUCUCAGCUCUGGCACCUCACGUGUGUCUGAUACAGCAGGGACUGGAGCCUUAGAGGAAAGGUGAUAGCCUAGGUAACAGGUGACGUCUUACUUGAUUCAGGGCCUGUUUCCCUCUGUAAAACGGGGAGACACAGGCCUCCAAGGAGAGGGUACAGGCCCUGGGUUUCCUGUCUUGCCAGCUGUCUGAGCAUCUGUGCAGAGGCACCGUAGAAGCCAGGAACUGGCUUGGCCAGGCCUCACACACACAGGGAUGCUGGGGGUGGGCAAUCUCUACCCCCUCCUCAGCCAAACUUUGUGGGGCUCCCUCCUCUCGUUGUCUCCUGGUGCUAGGUUCCCAACCCUGAGGCCAGGCUGCCUGAUCUCUGACUGGAUGGUUAGGGGCUCUUUGCCUCAGAUCUGCCUCCUGAGCCCCCAGCCCCUCCUGUGUCCCAGGUCAGGGGUAGGGACACAGGGAGGAAGGGGCUGCCUGUUUCCACAAGUGCCUGUGACAGACACUGGGAGGUCGAUAUGUACUGGCCAAUAAAGGCCCGCUGCCCAA